AUGCCGCCCAAGAAACGAUCGUCUUCUGCUAUCAACGGGAUAGAUGAGCCCAUCGCAAAGCGCCGAUCAUCGCGCCAGGCAGCAGCAGCAAAAGCGACAGCAUCUGAACCUUCCCCGCCAGCCAAGGCACCGGCGCAAAAGUCUGAGAAGAAGGCCGCAUCAAAGCUCAAGGCAGCUCCAGCAGCAGCCGCGACCAAGAAGGAGUCCUCUCCAGCACCACUCGCGUCUGCCAAAGAGAAGACUGCCGGUAGCGGCAACAGCUCGAGAGCUGUAUCCGAAGAUCCUCACCCAGACUCUAUCCCCAGGGAGAACCCGGAAGCUGUGCACCACGAGGGCAAGUGGUACUGGCUUAUGAAGGCGGAGCCGGAGUCGCGGUUUGAGAAUGGCAUCGAUGUGAGGUUUUCGAUUGACGACCUGCGCGCUUGCACGAAACCCGAAGGCUGGGAUGGUAAUACGUACUCGUUCCCGUCUCGGAACAAUCUUCGCGCCAUGAACGCAGGCGACAUGGCAUUCUUCUACCACUCCAACUGCAAGACGCCCGGCAUCGUGGGCACGAUGGAGAUUGUCCGGGAAUAUUCAGAAGACAAGAGCGCCCGCCGCCCGGGGACGCCAUACUACGACGCAGCAUCGACAAAGGACAAGCCGCGCUGGAGCCUUGUCCACGUUGAGUUCCGCCGCAAGUUUGCCGUGCCAAUCCUCCUCCCGGAACUGCGUGAGCUGGGGAAAGCUGGCGGACCCCUGGAAGAGAUGCAGAUGCUGCGACAGUCAAGGCUAAGCGUGAGCAAGGUCAGCGAGACGGAAUGGAAUGCCCUGUGUGCGCUGGCUGACGAGAAGGCACACGAGGCUGGCCUGAAGCACGAGGAUGCAUGA